UUUCAACACUACUAUAUAACAAAUAAUUUGAGAUGUGCUAUGUAAAUUGACAGGAAGAUGACCAGUUUCCGACGUAAACAAGGGACCUAUAAGGUCCAAGAAGACUCGGAUCUGAACUCUAGCCAGUCCAGUAAAAAGAAGAUGAUGACAUGUUUUGUCGACCUUCUGGAUGACAACACCAUGAACAUUGAGAUUGAGAGGCAGAGUAAGGGUGUUGUGCUGCUUGAGGAGACGUUCAAAAGGCUGGACCUUGUGGAGAAGGACUACUUUGGUCUACUCUAUACUGACAACGAAACUGGACUUACAUGUUGGUUAGAGUCGCACAAAAAGAUACGGAAACAGAACAGAGGUGAACACAUACUCAAGUUCAAGUUUUGUGUAAAGUUUUACGUCGCGGAACCCGGAAAACUGUCAGAGGAGUACACAAGGUACCUGUUUUAUUUACAAUCGAGACAAGAUCUGCUUUCCGGAAAAUUAAGUUGCAACAUUGUAACAGCCACCCAGCUGGCCUCGUUUGUGGUACACGCCGAGCUAGGAGACUACGACCCUGCUAAUCAUACUCCUGGCUACGUUUCAGAGCUCAGACUUCUGCCCAGUCAGUCGUCCCAUGAAGACGAAGAGAUUGCAGCACAACAUAGAAAAUGUGUGGGGAUGAAGUGCGAGGAUGCAGAAUACAAGUUCCUGGAGAUAGCCAAACGGUUGCCAACAUUCGGAGUUGACUUCCACCCAGCAAUCGAUCACGAGAAUAUCCAGCUUCAACUGGGAGUUAUGGCAAGCGGUAUUGUUGUUUACUUGAAGGAGAACAAGAUUAACUCUUUCUCGUGGGCGAAGAUAAUCAAGAUCUCGUUCAAGAAGAAGAAGUUCUACAUUCACAUACGAGCAGAUAACGAUGACAAAUAUCAAUCUCAGAUCAUUGGCUUCAAGAUCGUACCGUACAGAGCAUGCAAAAAUGUGUGGAAAAGAUGUGUCGAGUAUCAUACUUUCUUCAGACUAAACACACCACGUGACAUCCCCUCACGAGGAGUGUUGAGGCUGGGCAGUAAACACCACUACAAGGGCAGAACCCAGAAACAAGCUAUCGAGGACUACAACAACUUGGUCCGAACAAACAGCAACUUCGAGCGAACACCUAGCAAGAGGGUUUCCAGAAGGAAAAUAGCUUCUCCUAACACAAACAACAAUCAUAAUGCCAGCAAAAAUAAUCAUAAUGAGAGAAGUUUCUAUCUGAAUGAUAAUGAUAACAGUAAUAGCACUCCCGUCAAAAAGGAGUUCGAAAAUGAAAACCUCGACUUCGCAUCACCAACAUCUCCAAACCACGCCAGCACCCCCUCGGACGUAUCAGGGGACGAGGCAGUGACUCCUAAUGCUCGGUUCGACUACGACACCAAGACAGGUCAGAUAGAAAUCAACCUGGAUAGCACCCUCAACACUAGCACUCCAUCAGUGAACGGAGCGAAAGAUCAAGAAGACUGUGUUGAUAUAACGAUCAUGCCUGAUGCAUCAGGGAAGUUCGGGUUUAAUGUACGAGGAGGAUACGAUCAGGAAAUGCCUGUUAUAGUCAGCAAAGUGGCCAGAGGAUCUCCGGCGGCAGCAGCACUCCCCUGUCUGGAGGAAGGGGACCAGGUGGUCAGUAUUAACAACACUGAGGUAGAACCUCUGGAUCACAAGCAGAUUGUCGGCAUGAUCCAAUCCUCCUCAACUCAGUACGGACAACUUAACCUGGUGGUCAGGAAGCCUCCUGGUGGAUCAGUAAUGAACGCAAGACAGAUAUCAGAUGAUUUAGACGCAUCACGUAACUCUCGAUCGUACGAGCUGCCGGAGUUACCAAAGUUCAAUCCCGACACUGCUAAUCUUCUGGAUAGAUCUAUCACCAUACUUCAAAAGAGUUUACAAGACGGGACCCUGAGUAACAGGUUCAACAACCUGUACAGACAGACUCCGGGCGUUACCAUGGUAGCAGCUAAACUAGACGAGAAUCACAGCAAAAACAGAUUCAGAGAUAUCAUCCCAUAUGACACGACGAGGGUGAGGCUACAAGAAGGGAACGACUACAUAAACGCAAGCUACGUGGACGUGUCCGUGGGUUCUGACCAGCUGAGCUACAUCGCCUCUCAAGGACCUAUGAGCAGCACUAUCGACGAUCACUGGCAGAUGAUAUGGGAACAAGAGGUAGAGCUGAUAGUGAUGGUGGUGGACUGUAUUGAGAAGAAGAGUAUAAAGUGUACUCAAUACUGGCCGGAACCUACGCAGACAGCUGUCUACAGGAAUAUAGAGGUCUCCUGUGUCACUCAGUCUGAAUUCGACGGAGGGAUAGAACGUGAGUUUGAAGUAUCCCAAGAUGGCAUCAACAAGACAAUAACUCACCUACACUACACAGGCUGGCCCCACCACGGCACACCUGAUGAUCCGGCUCAGUUCGUUAACUUUAUCAAACUGAUCGGAGAGAAGAGGAAACUCGUGGAAACACCCGUUCUCGUGCAUUGCAGUGAGGGUAUAGGACGGACAGGAGUAGUGGCUCUGCUAGAAGGCGCUCUGAACCUGAUAGAAUCUAAGUGUGGGGUCUACCCCCUUGACAUGGUAACUGCUCUCAGAGACCAGCGUCCUAAGCUCAUACAGAAUUACCCACUCUUCAAGUUUGCUUGCGAGUCUAUUCUCUACCUCUAUAGCGAAGAGACGAGUAAGAGCUCAGAGAAAGAGAAAGAACCAGAAGAAACAGAAACGGAAUCUGUUGACAAACUGGACGGGGAUAUUAUUGUCAAAGAGAGAACAACAGAAAACAACGGUGACGUUAAUCUUAUUGCGUCAUGAUAAGAACAGAUAGUUCAUAUAAGCGGACAUAUGUCCGUGUCAGUUUAAUUGUCAAUGUGUAAAUAUUUUGAAUUAUUUUACCACGUGGUGUGACGUCACCAGGGCUGUGCCGCGGGUCUUGUUUUGGGGAAAUCGUGUCGAGUCGCGCGCAUCUAUUAUACUGAAAUUGAAUAUAUGUAAUUUCAAUAUAAUCAGUGCAGUGGAUCCUUCCUGUCCACAAAAGGUUAGCCGUGGCACAGCCCUCAUGUUAGGGUCUGCCCACACUACGCCUCUAUUCCCCGAAGGUCUGCCCACACUACGCCAUGUGGUGACGGAUUUUUAAAAUCCGUGCCUCUAUUCCCCGAGAGUUUCCACGCCAACUGGCGGGAGCUCUGCCCACACUACGCGCCUCGUUGUGUGAAUCUGUUUUUUUUUUACCCACGCCAUGUGGCCCGUCACCAUGGCGUAGUGUGUGCAGACCUUCGGGGAAUAGAGGCGUAGUGUGGGCAGACCCUUACCCAUGGCAGACAGAGAAUCUUCAGAGGAAAAUAUUGGCCCAGAAAAUGCUCAAUGUGUAGUUACAGCAACAAGAUCUUUAUAAUGAAGUUAUGUACAAUUAUAGGUCUUUGUAGUGUAAAUAGAAAGAAGCACAGUCCCAGAUUUAAAUUGAUGUUCAGUUAUUAAUAUUGAUAAUUGGUCUGCUGUCUGAGCGAUGAUGACUUUGAAAGUUAUAUGUUUUCAAGUUGACCGGCUGAUGAUGCAUGUCUUGAGUGUUCCAUAUUAUGCAUUAUAUGUCGGGUCAGUGAUAUUGUUCCCUUGGCCAAAUUUAAAAUUCAAAAGACAGAUAUGGAUUAUUUGAGAUAUUUUUAAUCAGAAAGUUCAUGUCAGAAUUUAAAUAUUCUGUGUUCUACCAAUUUAGCAUCUAGACAGACUUGCAACAGUUUUAGAUUUACCCUCGAAUAUUUUUAUUGCCAACUGUCACACCAUUGAAUUUCUAACUCUCUUCACUGUAGAUACUAGUUUUAAUAAUGAAACGCAUGUACAUGUUCUGACAGAAUCAUCUUGAAAUAUGUAAAUUCAGCAAAAUGGGGUAAUUCAGAUCCGCAUUUAACGUUAUAUCAAUUUCCGCUAUUUAACUAAAAACCUAUCGGUAAGCUAUUUUUAACCCUGCUCUAUGUUACGACUGUUUUUACAAAGAUUUUGAGUAUAAUUUUAUUUUUAUCCUAUAGAUUUUGCAGUUGUAUUGCAGUUA